AUGCUCCGCCGUAGCCACAAAAAGUCCCGUAGAGGUUGCACAGAGUGCAAGCAACGGCACGUCAAGCUAACUGGAAUCCUUUCGACGAAUCAGUGCGAUGAAACUCGCCCAGCAUGUCGUCUCUGUACUGUAUCUGGGCGCAGCUGCAGCUUCACAUCCCAAGCACCAACCCAGAACCCUUCAAACUCAUCUCAAGAUGAUCGGCCAAAAAGUCCAGUCGAUAGUCACAGUUCAUCAUCUGGCAUCACCCCAGUACCCGAAGUCACGUUACCAGUCCCAAAUUUCGAAGAGGCCAUUAACCUGGAACAUAUGGAACUUCUCAUCCACUUGACAGUCGAUAGAGGCAUGUUUAAUCUCGGCGACGACCUCCAAGAUGCCUUUUCAACCAUUUCCAUUGCUCUCAGGAAAGGGCUAGAGUCCCCAUAUCUGCUCUACCAGCUUCUCGCCUUUUCAGCCCGCCAUCUAGCCUUUCUCAAUCCAGAUCGCGCCCCUCACUACCUCCACCAAGCUGUUACCCUCCAGACCCGCGCCGUAUCCCUCUUCAACACCACCAGACCAGAGGUGAACCGGUCCAACUGCGUCGCUAUUCUUCUCUUUUCGGUGGCUCUUGGUCAUCAUCUUCUGGCCGACUCGCUUUGUAAGCGGGAACCGGGGGGCUUAGAGGGCUUCUUGACACAUUACGUGCAGUGCAUUGAGAUGAACCGUAGUAUCUAUACUAUUGUUCGCGCUGCAUGGCCGUUGUUGUUAGAGUCAGAGCUAGAGCCGAUCCUUUCGUGGAGCUCCGGAAACACAUCACAACCUCCGAGAGGCAACCACUGCCAACACAUCAAGGAGCUCAUAGAAAAGGCUGAAGGCCUAAGUCAGGAGGAAAGGGAAGCCUGUCAAACAGCAAUCAACUACCUACAACUCGGGUUUGACGCCUUGCCUGACGGGGCAAACCGGUUUGGGAUGAUAUUCACGUGGACGAUGCUUGCGCCGCCAGAGUUCACGAACCUGUUGUCGGUGAGGAGACCCGAGGUUCUGAUCCUGCUAAGCUACUACGCUUUGUUGUUACACUAUGGAAGAAGCAUGUGGCAGGUUGGCGAUGCUGGAGUGUACAUAUUAGGUCUUAUCGAGGAGUAUCUCGACUCAGAGUGGCAUGAGUGGCUUGAAUACCCACGAUCAGCUAUAAUGAAAGACCUCGAAUAG